AUGGUCAUUUUCGAUGAUGUGGAAAACAGUAACCGAGUCGGAGGCAACGAAGGUGGUAUUCGGCCAAUUUUUGUUCAACUAACACCCAAUGCUCCGCUGCCAUCAGAGGAGUACUUGAGGUUGGUUGCCCUCAGCAAGGCGCCACCGCCCCCCGAUAGUGAAGGUUCAACCUUGCACAGUGCUCGAAAUUGCAGGGAAAGGUCUGCAAGAGUUAAUGGGCGAAGGAGCCCAACGAAGACCAAUGUCCGGCCAAGACCCCCGGUGACCGCUACACAAAAAUGGGGUGACAAUGCCAUGUCUCUAAUCAACUCGAAAGAGGAAGCGGUACAGCGGCAUGAGUUCGCGCUGCAUGUGCGUGGGGCACGGUACUGCCGGUUGUUGGAAACAAUGUUGGAUUCCUCAGAUUUGCAGCUCGAGCCACUGCACUAUGAUCCUAAAGAUCCCAACAUGGGGCGCAGGCCAAACGGCACUGAGGGGAACCCUGCGAAUUCCCUUCCACCAGUGAUACUACCGCAAGCGACGCAGAAGGGUUGUGUGGCGCUCUUCACAUACCUGGACUUAAUUACCAAGCGGGUGCCGAGCAUGCUCAGUAAGCCGCUUCGUGCUCCCCUUGAAGAACUUGUGCAACCGUGGGAGUUGGAAUUCCUACUGUACAGCUGUAUGGGUGACGACGUAAGGAACGCCAUAACUCAUAUUGACGAAGAUGGUACCGCAGAUAAACGGGGACGAGCUCCAACAAACGACACCAGACCUAGUUAUUAUUCAACGAUUUUGGAAAAGGCGCCGCGGUCCGUGGAUCUGCUGCUGGAGGUCGCGCUUUUGAGUGACUUUCUUCUUGUGGAGCCACUGCGUCAACUGACAUGCGCCUUUAUUGCGUCUCUAGCUCUUAACGCAUCGUCUGAAGAGGAGUUGUUGCAGUUAAGUGGUUUACAGCGACCAAUGACGGAAGAUGAGCUAGAGCCCCUUUAUUAUCAGUUCCCAUUCCUCCGCCCCGACAACCAUGCAAAAAACUGA